GGCGGUAGCUCACCACAAUCUCUUUACCAGCCGGCAGAGAAAAACACGGAGAAGAAGAACAUGCAACGUUAGUUGGCAUAAACAGCUAGCGUUAUCUUGUAUAGAUUUAGCAACCCACCAAGACAAAUUCAUCAAAGAACAUUUCAUACCUGCGAACACACCAAACCCCACUUUAGGUUUCAUAUUCUCAAGGUCACAUUUCAUCUGGUACAGUAACACUGUAACACCACUGGCAGUCCUGUGACCCAAGAAAAUAAUGUGCUGCAGCUGAAGAUGGGUGGUAGCGGCUCCAAAUCCAAAGGAUUUUGGCCUUUUUCUGGCUCAGGUAGUACGGACGAUCCAACCAAAGAUGGAAACGAGCAGUCAAUGGCGAGAGUUCGAAGUUUCCCAAGUGCAACACCUUUUGUGUUAACUAGACGAAGCUCUAUGUACUUUGAUGAAGAUGGCGACCUGGCCCAUGAGUUCUAUGAAGAGGCCAUUGUGACAAAAAAUGGACGUAAAAAAGCCAAGCUGAAGAGGAUUCAAAAAAACCUAACACCUCAGGGAAUUAUAAAGCUGGACAUCCCUUGCAUCCAUGUAGAUUUCCCAGUUGUCCUCUGUGAAGCCUGAUGAUGUCUGAGCAGUGUCUCAGACUAGCCACUGUGUCAACUCCGUCCUGUGGUUUCCCCUACAGCUGGAAGCCUGAACCACCUUUUAAAAUAACAUGAUCUCUUGAUAUAUGUGAUGCCCUUUUGUGGACAGGCUGAUGCAAUGUGUGCUGAGCCUCUGCAUGUGAUCUGUUUUGGCUUGUGUGCGGUUAGACACAGAAUAGGUCACCAAUGGAGAUCUAGAAGGGUGCCUAUGUGGCAAAACCUGCUCAGUUUACAGAUCAUGGUUUGUGUGCAUGUAAGUGUGAAUGUGUGUGCAGACAGAGUCCUGACUUUAUUGCUGCGGAUUGUUUUCUGGUAUGAUUCAUAGAACCUUAGGAGUUAGAGGAGAAUGUAACCAGUUCUUCCCUCUGUCACGAUCAUAUCUGGAGUGGGAAAGUUUUGAGUGCACACUUGUUUUUUGACACCAACAUGACUUGCUUUAUUAUGCAAAGAACAGGAUUUGUUUAUUGAUAAUAGCCUAGGGAGUUGACAAUCAGUGGCCCACAAAAUCUGAAGUGGAUUAAUGUCAUAUUAUAAUGUUGGAUUGACUGGCUUCAAUGACCUCAGAGCCACACAUGUACACAGCAGCAGUGAGUCUAGUAAGAGAUCCUGUUGUUUUGUUUGCUGCUUUGGCAUAUUAUGUUUCACUUUUAAUUUAUUAUAACUGUUUUUUUAAUUACAAUAUCAAAUACUCAACUGUGUCAUGGUCUGUUUUUUAUAUUAAUGCAUUAUAGCUGAACAGCUUAUUAAAGAGCCUAUACUUUCUCACAAGCUGUCAAGACAAAAGGGGAAAGAUACGUUUUAUAAUCAUGGCCUUAAUAACUCCUGCAGGCUUACAUUCUACAACUGAAAAGUUACGUGGUGGGUGUUUAAUUAGCUGAUUCUAAAUUAAAAAAUAAUCUGAAAAUAUUUUUAACUCAAGAUGCAUUUACUACGUAGGAGUUUUUUCAAUGGUUACAUUCUCCCCCACCAUGUACUGUAUGACUGCCUGUAAUGACAUGACCUAAGAACUAAACUUAGGUCUGGGAAGUUAGACCUGCAUGGUGGGAAAUAUUUACAGAAUCUAAAUCUGUGGCUUUAAAUGGACUAAACUCCUGAUACACACCACAUUCUGCUGAGGAAAACUAAAAUGUUGAAAAAGAUGAAGGAAGUUACAGGAGGAAAUCUCUUUUAAUUAGCGUCAAAUAUGUCUUGCUACACCAAGUCUUUUUCUAACAAUUAUUUGGCAAGCUUAUAAGAGCUAGUAAUCAAAUAACUUACAGACAGAGAAUUCAGCUUUUUGGCAAAGGUUGUAAAUACUAAAAUGAACUGACAGGACCUGUUCACCCAUGUAGUGGAAUGAAUGCUCCUGACCUCCACCUGUGAUGAAAUUAGCCACCUGCAUGGGUAAUUGCAAACAGUUGGGAGGUGAAGUGUGUGCAUGUGUGUCUGCUAAUGAAGCCUGGGUGAAGGUAAGAGAGGAGUGAAGUAUACCAACACAAUCUCCAUGGGAAAGGGAUUUCUACAAAGCUGUCUGUGAUAUUGUUCUAUUCAGAGGAUAAAGAGGGCUGUGCCAAAACCCACUCCACUUUAUUGCUUCCAUGAAAUGAUUUUACUCUACACAAGCCUUUUUGUAUUUUUAUUUUUUUAACCUCUGGAUAAGUAUCUUUUCCAGCAGUGUCUAGGGGAGACAUGACUGCACAAUUACUUUUUGUUGUUUACUUAAUAAAGCUGUAAUAAUAUGCAA